CUCUGGAUGAUCAGGUGAUGUGAAGAACCUGUUCUGCUGGUUUGUCAUCCUUCCUCUCUGAUGCUCUCGUCUGCGCCUUAUGGCCUACGUCACCCUAAUGUGGGCGCUAACUAGAAUGUUCCAGAACGAUCUAGAGGACCACGGUUUAGUAUAAAACAACCAACAGUACCGUCAAAUGACCAGAAGAAGCCUGAAACGAUCAACAAGACUGAGAAAACCGACAAAUCUAUCCCCAUACUCCCAUACUCAUCCACGGCUUACGGUGCCGCCAUGCAGGCCACCAUGCAGGCUGCCUACCCCAACCAUGGCAGGACAGCCCUAACCCUGGGCAUCGAGACGGACGGAGGAGUCAGGACGCCCCUGAUCAUACGGGGCACCAUCAUCCCCACCAAACAGACUCAGACCUUCAGCACAGGCACCGACAACCAGCUCGGGGUCCUGAUCCAGGUCUUUGAAGGAGAAAGAGCCAUGACCAAGGACAACCACCUGCUGGGCGAGUUUGAGCUGUCGGGAAUCCCGCCCGCUCCGAGAGGGGUACCUCAAAUCGAGGUGACCUUCGACAUCGACUCAGACGGCAUUCUGAACGUGUCUGCUGUGGACAAGAGCACGGGAAAACAAAUCACCAUCACCAACAAGGGCCCCCUGAGCAAGGGCUGCCUGAGCAAGGAAGACAUCGAGAGGAUGGUGCAGGAAGCAGAAGAAUACAAGGUAGAAGACGAGCAACAGAGGGAGAACAUAGCGGCCAAGAACGCCCUGGAGUCCUACGCCUUCAACAUGAAGAGCAGCCUGCGGGAAGACAACCUGAAGGACAGAGUGAGUGAGGAGGACAGGAAGAAGGUGGAGGAGAAGUGUGAGCAGGCCAUCCUCUGGAUGGAGAACAACCAGCUAGCGGAGAAAGAGGAGUACCAACACCAGCUGAAGGAGUUGGAGAAGCUGUGUAACCCCAUCAUCCCCAUGAUGAUAAACUUUGCACUUUUGAAUAUUCAAUCCCUCUCUGGUGGUAAAAUCGCUAUUUUGAAAGGUUUGAUUUCUGAAAAAAAUAUUAGCUUUAUGUUUUUAACUGAAACCUGGCUUAAUGACGAUACUGCUGACAAUCGGUUGAGGGAGUCUUGUCCAAAUGGUUUCACCUUUCAUCACGGCAAUAGAGUUAGAAAUAGAGUUAGAAAACAGGGUGGGGUCGCCGUUAUUUAUUCUGAGAGAUAUUCAGUAUCGGAGCAAUUUGACGUUGGUGUUUUUCCAUCGUUUGAAUAUGUAGCAUUGAGGAUCAAACAGCCUGAAGGCCUACUUACUGUGACUGUCUAUCGGCCGCCCAAUAAUCCAGUAACACCAUUUUAUUCUCAGUUUAGACAAAUGUUGAACAUGAUAUGUUCCAACGAUGAUAAAAUAAUUAUAGUUGGGGAUUUUAAUAUCCCUGUCCAAACAAAACCUUUCCUGAAUCUUUUUAAUGAUCAAAAUUUUCGUCAGCAUGUGAAAGAACCCACCCACAAUGCAGGAAGUACACUGGAUUUAGUUUUUACCAGGGGUAUUGAUGUAAGAAUUACAUCCAUUGACCCCUUCCCUCCUUCUGAUCAUCAUUGCAUCCAUUUUACCACCAUCCAAAUACCCUCUCCCUCCACUCACCACUGGCUAAGGAGAUGACCUUGCUCGUCGUAUCCAAAAAUUAAGUUUGCAAAAGGAGAAUAGUGUCUAUUAGAUAAGUACACCCCCCAUAUAUAUAUAUAUAUAUAUAAUUGUAUUGUGUGAAGUCCUUAUUUUUGCCAUCAUUAGUUCAAUGGUCAUUCUUCUUGUUAUUUGUUUCAUCUUAAAGUUGAAAUUGUGCUCCACUUAUCUUACACAGGCAUAAUGUAAUGCAUGAAGUACCUCAUCUUCGCCACAGGGUGGCUAUGACCCAUUGGUGCACUUUCUGUCCGGUGAAAUAGAGCAGUGUUCACUGUUCAGACAUGGCGUCAUUAACAAAUGUGUCGCAAUGUCUGUGUAUGUUUACAGGUAAGCAAGAAAUAAGAGUAAUAAAUGUACAUAAGAAUCAGCUUGGGAAGGAUACAGAUAUGUGGGGAAGUGUUGGCUGGUUACCUCUGCCGUGAAUGUUGUAUUAAAGGGUCGCAAUGCCGUCAUAAGCAACUUCUUAGAUUGCAGCUAAACUAAUCUUCUCCCGGUGCUAUUAGGGUCCGGUGGAAGUACAUUUAUGUUUGUUUACUUUGUUUACCAAGGCUAAGAACUGAUUAUCAGGAGCCACAAUGUAGGCUACUUUUCUUUUAUGUAUUUCCAUACCAACAGUCCACCAUGUGCAUUAAUAUGUUUUUUUGUCAACUGUUUAAUAAUUAGUUAGGAUGUAAACAGACAUAGUAAAACCUACACAUGUUGUUGUAGAGCAGUGUUGAGACAUGGCGGACAGAACGUCAUUGACAAAUGUGUCGCAAUGUCUGUUCUGUAUGUUUACAGAACCCAAUAAAAAAACUAUUCUUCAAGUCA